UCUUUCAUAACAAUCCAGGAAACAGCGUUAAAAUAUUUCCCAGAACCGAAAGUAAUUGGAUCAGUUCCGCGUCUACACUCACCACAGCACAAUCAGCCCUUGAUUCAGUCAAGAACCGCAGCGACUGCCAGCAUGACCGUCAAAGUUCAUAUCGUUUACUGUGGUGGAUGAGGGUACAGGCCCAAGUUCAUCAAACUCAAGACACAGCUUGAGGAUGAAUUCCCAGGCGAACUUGAAAUAACCGGCGAGGGCACACCCUCAACCACAGGCUGGUUUGAGGUGGAGGUAAACAAGACGUUGGUGCACUCAAAAAAGAAUGGAGAUGGAUUUGUUGACUCAAAUUUAAAAUUCAAAACAGUCGUGACUGCCAUCGAGCAGGCCAUGGGGAAAUGAACAUGAACUGAUCAUAGAGCAGUUAUUCUUCUCUGUUUGUUGGACUCCUGGGCAGGGCAACAAUGACGGUGACGUCCAAAGUGUUUUUAGCACGGAUGCUACUCGAUGCUCUCUCCGCUCUACCUGGGAGAAGACACUCAGAGCUAGAAACUACCUAUGAAUACUGCUUCAUAUAAAUGCUUUAACGGGUGAAAAUAAUAAGGGAUAAUAAAAAGGGAAAUGAUAACAUUAGACAGAAUUCGGAAAGAGCAUGUCAAGUUGAGGUACUUUUUUUUUUCCAUUUCUGUUUGCCUCUGUUACAACGCACAACUAUUUUGGCAUUGUUCAAGAUUCUCAUGCAAUUAAAGAUGUUAAUGAUUAA